GCGGCAGCACCUGGGCCGCGGCUGGCGUCCGCGGGGGCACGCUGCCCGCCCCCCUCGGCGAUGACCACGGCCGGCGCCCCGGGCGCCCUACCUGCGGGGACUCCUGUGAGCAGCCUCCAUGAGGCCCUGGACCAGUGCAUGACCGCCCUUGACCUCUUCCUCACCAACCAGUUCUCAGAAGCACUCAACUACCUCAAGCCCAGAACCAAGGAAAGCAUGUACCACUCGCUGACUUACGCCACCAUCCUAGAGAUGCAGGCUAUGAUGACCUUCGACCCCCAGGACAUCCUACUUGCUGGCAACAUGAUGAAGGAGGCUCAGUCGCUCUGUCAGAGGCACAGGAAGAAGUCCUCUGUAACAGAUUCCUUCAGUAGCCUGGUGCACCGCCCCACUAUGGACCAGUUCACAGAAGAGGAAAUCCACGCUGAGGUCUGCUACGCAGAGUGCCUGCUGCAGAGAGCGGCCCUGACCUUCCUGCAGGACGAGAACAUGGUGAGCUUCAUCAAGGGCGGCAUCAAAGUUCGAAACAGCUACCAGACCUACAAGGAGCUGGACAGCCUUGUGCAGUCCUCACAGUACUGCAAGGGGGAGAACCACAGGCACUUUGAAGGAGGGGUGAAGCUCGGCGUGGGCGCCUUCAACCUGACGCUGUCCAUGCUUCCUACCAGGAUCCUGCGGCUGCUCGAGUUCGUAGGGUUUUCAGGAAACAAGGACUACGGGCUGCUGCAGCUGGAGGAGGGGGCAUCGGGGCACAGCUUCCGCGCCGUGCUCUGCGUCAUGCUGCUGCUCUGCUACCACACCUUCCUCACCUUCGUGCUUGGCACCGGGAACGUCAACAUCGAGGAGGCAGAGAAGCUCUUGGGACCCUACCUGAAGCGAUACCCUAAGGGUGCCAUCUUCCUGUUCUUUGCGGGGCGGAUUGAAGUCAUUAAAGGCAAUGUUGAUGCGGCCAUCCGGCGGUUCGAGGAGUGCUGUGAGGCCCAGCAGCACUGGAAGCAGUUCCACCACAUGUGCUACUGGGAGCUGAUGUGGUGCUUCACCUACAAGGGCCAGUGGAAGAUGGCCUACUUCUACGCAGACCUGCUCAGCAAGGAGAACUCCUGGUCCAAGGCCACCUAUAUCUACAUGAAGGCCGCCUACCUCAGCAUGUUUGGGAAGGAGGACUACAAACCGUUUGGAGAUGACGAAGUGGAGUUGUUUAGAGCUGUGCCAGGCCUGAAACUCAAGAUUGCUGGGAAAUCUCUACCCACAGAGAAGUUUGCCAUCCGGAAGUCCAGACGCUACCUCUCCCCUAAACCUAUCUCAUUGCCUGUCCCUGCUCUGGAAAUGAUGUACAUUUGGAAUGGCUACGCUGUGAUUGGGAAGCAGCCGGAACUCACAGACGGGAUCCUUGAGAUUAUCAUCAAGGCUGAAGAGAUGCUGGAAAAGGGCCCAGAGAAUGAGUACUCAGUGGAUGAUGAGUGCUUGGUGAAGCUGCUGAAAGGCCUGUGUCUGAAAUAUCUGGGCCGUGUCCAGGAGGCUGAGGAGAAUUUCAGGAGCAUCUCUGCCAAUGAAAAGAGGAUUAAAUAUGACCAUUACUUGAUCCCAAAUGCCCUGCUGGAGCUGGCCCUGCUGUUUAUGGAGCAAGGCAGAAAUGAAGAGGCCGUCAAACUCUUGGAAACUGCCAAGCAAAACUAUAAGAAUUAUUCCAUGGAGUCAAGGACACAUUUUCGAAUCCAGGCAGCCACACUCCAAGCCAAGUCUUCCCUAGAAAAGGGCAACAGAUCUAUGGUCUCAUCAGUGUCCUUGUAGUUUUGUGCAGCAGUCCCAGGCUGGAAGACAGAAUCAGCUGGACAGAGCUCCUGGAAACAUUUCAAAAAGAACCCCUCCCCCUGCCCUGCCUUGGGGGUCCACCGGUGCUCCAGUGGGACAGCACGACAUAGGUGUCUGUGCAGAAGUGAAGCCAGCAUGUUCACCAGUGCG